AUGCCGGCAGGAAGGAAGCACUUCCAGAACAGAACCCCAGCGCACCUUUGGGCCUGCAAGAGAAGUCCUUACAUCCGGAGUGCAGCGGUCCCUGCCGUCGUCGGAGCUGUUGUCAAGGCAGCAUGGAGAUCUCGCUUCUCGGGAAGAGGCCUCCGUGACUGGUGCAGCUCACGUGCCAGGGUCAACAAGACCAGAAGUGGCUUUUGGUUCAGACGACAGCCUUCACGCGAAGACGGAGAUCAGGAGGUCGGGCCGGACGGACUCCAGCACGUCAAUCCACAGUGCGUGCGCAUCUGGAACCGCACGGAUACUCGACUAGUGGUGGUUGCAUUUACCCGAGAAAACAUGAUCUAUGCACUUGGCGGGGAAACAGUUGUGCUGGAACCCAGCAGCCAUGUCGACAUCGUAUCGAGGAGCAUGCGCAGCAAAAUCGCUAUUCGCAGAAAGGACGCGGCACACAUGAUUGUGCUCCGGCGAGGUUCAAGUCUGACGCUGCAACCCGUGCAGGCAAGAACGGAGACGUACAGCCAUCUUGAGGUGCAGAUUGCUGAUGUUUCCGCGACAUGGGAAGCUGGGUCAUCAUGGGAAAUCUUGGCAGGCCCUCUAUUUUGGCGUUUGCCCAGGAACAUUGAGGAUGUUGAGUUCCAGGUUUUUUCGGUGCUGCAAUCGGAGGGCCGCGUGAGUUUCAAGGUUGUGCGCAAGGAGGGCAGGGACUGGCGCGGGCAUCCGCUUGCCCGCAUGCGAGUUAUCCGCGCAGGGUUUCUUGGGACGAAGUUCUUGCACAAGGGCACAAUGUACAUGGGCAAGAUUGUGAGCGCAAAAGCUGCAGUGGAGAUCUGCCAAGCCCACCAGCGAAUUUCUGGAGCUUUCGGACCACCCGAAACAAUCGUACGCUUCGAAGGGAGCCUGAAAACUGACACUGGAGCACACUUGGUGCUGUUUGAAGACUUCGGGGAAAGUCUUUCAAGAAUGUUGGGCAAGAACUCCGAUUUCCUUGAUGCCAAUGAUGUUGACCAAUGUGCGCAGGAUUUGCUGGCAGCGAUUUCGGCCUUGCAUGCACAGGGCCUACACCACCUGGCCCUCUCACCCGAAAGCGUGUGGCUACGACGUGACGGAAUGGGGCGCAUGCGGCUGAAGCUGGCAGACUUGGGGGUAUGUGAGCGGCCAUCCAACCCGUGGCCGAAAGGCAGAUCUCGCCAACUGGGCUGGCGCACCUACAUGGCUCCGGAGCUACAAGAGUCACGGUCCACGGCGGAGGCACUUGUGGCUCGCACACUGGCCAAACGUACGAAGCCGAAGGCCUCGAAGAUUGCCGACAGCCAGGUACUCGGGCCGCUGAAAGCCUUGGACAUUCUGCCGAGCCUGCGAAAGGAUGGCCAGACUGGGGCACGGCAAGGUGUUGCCCGGGAAGAGCUUAUGGCUUUGCUGGGCGAGUUCCCCAUCUUCGCAGAGCUUGAAAGCUCAGAUCUGCGCCGACUUGCACGUGAAUUUCAGGGACCUUUCUUUGUCCCUCCAGGAUCUUCCUUGUUCGAUGUGGGGGAGAUCGGAGACUUUCUUUAUUUCGUUCUUGCCGGUGAAGUCGUUUCCCGGAGAGGGAAGAAAGAACUUCGGAGAUACCGCCGUGGUGGCUUCAUCGGAGAAACGGCUCUACUUGGACCCGCACCCACGCGCAGAAUUUUUUCGGCAUCGGCAGCGCGUGGCGGAGCAGGCUGUGCCGUUCUCCGAAUGCACCACACGUUCUUCAGGAAGGACUUGAAAACUGGAGGGCCUUUGAACAGCAUCGUCGGCCCGACCCGAUGGAGGUACCUUGAGAAGCCAGAAGAGUCAGUUGAGCCAGCCGACGCUGACGUCUUUGCUGCCGGCUUGCUUUGGUGUCAAAUGGCAAGCUCUCGAGUUUUAUCCAUGUACAGGCUCAAAAGGGCAAGAACCGUCGAAGCACUCCUGGAUGCAGUGGCAGCACGCGAGAUCGGGAGCUUCUAUUUUCUGCUGCAGGACUGGCGCAAUGUCGCGCUCAUUCAGCUCAUAGUCCGGCGAGCUCCUGCAUACGAGGCACUGAUCUGCCUGGAAGAGCGGGAGAAAAUUGCUUCCGAGAGCCGGAGCGAAGACGAGCCCGAGCCGCACAACAUGUUCGGUUUUGUGGGCAAGUCCUUCAGCGACUUUCAACAAAGUGCGCGCUCGGUUUUCGAGCUCACACAAGAUUCGGUGGCUGCUUCUGGCGCCGUCCAAAUGUCAAACCGAGCCAGGGCAACUGUGUUGGAUCAGUGGGAGAAGCUGACAAAUGUCGCCACAGAGAGAGCCGGCCAAGUUGCCGGGGAAUUGUUUGGCGAGCUGUAUGGAAACCUUUUCGCAAAGGAUCUUCUCUGGAUGUUCCGCAACCCAACUCGGACGCAGCGCUUCCCAGUGCUGCUGGUGCGCGAUGCCGAAGAUGGGAAUCUGCUGGCUCGCUGGCGCAUUGGGGCGUCCAUGGUCUUUGAAAGCGAGCUUUGUGCCAGGACACUGCCGCGAGUGCUGCCUUCUGUUCGUCCAGCUCUGUCGGCAGGGUUUCAGAUCGGCUCUGCAGUCGGCCGCAACAGAGCCAUCAACUUCAAACGGCUUUGGAUUGACGCUUUCUGUGGCUCUUUUCUAAAGCAGCUGAUUGCAAUGGGACGACUCAGAAUGAAACGUGUCCUAAGCGUUCGUGUUCGAUGGGACCGGCUUGGCAGCGUUCUGAAGGAGUCCGUGGUGAAAGGCCAAACUGCGAGAAACCUGGUGCUCACUAGAUUCGGCCGAUUGCCCACGAAGUACGAUCAGAACGACCCGAAGGUCCUCCAACUUUUGCCAUCCAAGUGGGUACCUGAUAUUGGCCUGCCGCUUGCCAGCGGCAUUGGUCGUGGCUUCAUGACUCGGUGGUGGCAGGGCUUUCGCAGCGGGCUGCGGCGAAAGUACGUGAGGCCGAGGUUUGAGACCUGGGACUUGGAAGACGUGCCGCAAGUGAUUCUGGAUUUCGCGAGGCAGCAAGGUGCAGAGCAGGCAGCACUAGUGGCAUCUUCAGUUGGAGACACGAUGGCACGGGACUUGGGCUACUGGUCAGGAACGUUUACCGGCAUUCUCUCUGGCCUGGCCAUGUGCGUCUUGGGCCAGUCCAAGUCCUUGGGUGAUGACAGCGACUUGGUUGUGGCCGAUGGGUAUUUGGAAAGCGACCGCGAGCUCAUUGCACUGGAGCAGUAUAUGCGAGAUUCGGGAAAGAGAGAGAAAACGACAUGA